AUGUGUCUUAUAUAUUUGAUUGCCGCCGCUUUAUGUUUCUGUUUAGGUGUUUAUUCAGUGAUUAUUAUAGCUCAGCAUAUAUCUCAACAUCCUCUUUGUGAACGUUCCGGUUGUCAAAAUCGGUGCUACAUUGAAAACAACGGGAAAAUUCAUCCUUUUUGUGGGAGAACAUGCGCCAAUCAACACCAAAGUGGAGGUGGUGCAAGAAUCGGAGUCAAAAAUGUUGGUCCCAAUUGUUCCCGCGAAGGAUGUACUCGAAAAGCAUAUAGAGAUCCAAGGAAUGAGAAAAUGUUUCAUUCCUUUUGUUCUAAAGAGUGUUACUCGCGAGAUGGCGAAAAGCUUGUUCGGACCAAAUUAACCGUUUUGCAAGAGAAUGAUAUUGAUUAUCAAUAUGUACUCAAGAGAUUUACUGGAUGUAGAAAACUUGCAAAUGCUUCUAUAAAAGCCAUUAUCAGAAUUCAGAUGCCACGGUCUAAGGUCAAUAGACAUUUAAAAUUGAAAAAGCAAAUGAAAACGACUCUCAGAAUGUACCAUGGGACAUACUCCGCUUGCAAUCCGAUGAAAAUAGUUGCUGAGAAGGCACCAUGCUGUAUCAAAGCUUGUGGUCUAUGUGGCAUUAUCCGAGAGGCGAUGUGGUUCUCUGAUGAUCCUUCGGUUUCCUUGAGUUAUUGCGAGUCCCACGAUGGUUCUACAAAAGCUAUCUUCGUCAUUGACGUACUUGCAAAUAAGUCUACCAGCAUUUGUGUAACUAAAGAAAAUGAUGCCACCUUACCCAGAUUCUUGGUUCUUUUCGAAACCGAGUACAUGUACUAA